CUCCCCCUCGCCGUUUGUCACGAUCGCAACGAACGAAGAAGAAGAAGAAGUCCUCCAUGCUCUGAGAUCUGCUUGUCUCGUUGUCCAGUCCACCCAACGUAUGUCUAAUCCUCUCUCUCUUUCACCCCUCUUCUCUUCUCUUUCCCUUUCCGCUCUUCCUUUACCUUCCAUCACCAUCACCAUCUCCAUAAUCACCUCCACUUACAUCCUCACCUUCGCUGUUCCCUCUACUCGCCCAUUUCCCUCUCUCAAACCCUUGCCCCGCCAACUCCCCGAUCGCAUUUCCCUCUGACUCAAAUUGCUUAUCGUUUGCAACUCCCAUCCCCGCCUCCCCCCUCCUUCUGUAUCAACAACCACUUUCUUCUCUAUCAACGAGGUCUUGUGGUUUCUCCCCUCUUCACCCCUCCUUUCCCCCUCUUUCUUCAUAUUCCCUUCCCACCGUCCCUCUCCCCUCAAUUAAUCCCCCCUGUCACUUUGCGAAUAUUUUCCAGAAUGGAGUAAACUCCCGAGCACACCAUCGGAGAGAAAACCAGUGAUUGACUCGUGACUCUCGAUAAAGGCAGAGCGAUGAUUAGCCUCAGGGUGGAACAGCACUCAGUUACUCCGAGAUCCCGUCAAUACCAUUUUUCCCGUGGAAACGACGAUACCAGAGC